AUACCGAUUGGCUUCAAGAAACUGCGUGCUCUCACACAUGUACGCACUCACGGGCUUUGUGUACGCAAAUGCACAUAUAUUCUUGCACAUGCGGAUCGAGGUUAUUUUCUUGAUCUAAGAGCUAGACAGACAAGAAAAACGUUGAUAAGCACCGAGUCAACCGUCUCAGACACCUUGUCGCAACUUCUACCCUGCUUCUAUUACAUUGAAAUAUCUUCACCUUCCGGUUUACCUUCCUCUCAGGCAUUAACCAUUGCUUCUUUCUGCCAUCUUGCCAGAAAUCAAAAUCAGAGAGGAGAUUCAACUGCUAGCCUGCUGAUGGGAUCUUUACCUCCGUGGUCAAGAGCUUUACAGGCCAUACCACCACCACCUCCUCCUCCCCCCUUCGAUAUGACCCAUUGUUCAACGGGGAAUUUCUCCCAAUCCGUUACAUGGGUUGGUGGUGGGCGGGAAUGGUUCCACUCAGCGUUCGAUCCUGUUCUGCCCAGGAUCUCCGCAAUCAAUCGAUCCAUUCCUACUCAACAUCAACAACCGCAUCCACAAAUGGCCUCCACCAUGACCCAGCCACAACAACAAAUUACUGAACUCUGUUCGGCGAUGGAAAAUGUUGUGCGAGUUUCAAUGGCUCAGAGUCCUGAUGGAAGCUUGGAUCUCUCCAAGAAAACUGUGAGUAAUUGCCACCGUCUCUUUAUGUUUAACUCGUAA